GAGCGGGGCGUGCCCGCAGUCCGCGGGCGCUGCGGGCGGGGCGGGAACAAGAUGGCGGUGGCGCGGGCCGUGUGCGUGAUGCGAGGCGAGGGGGCUGUGCAGGGCGUCAUCCACUUCGAGCAGCAGGGUACUGGACCGGUGAAAGUCACUGGGAAAAUCACUGGAUUGGCCGAUGGAGAGCACGGCUUCCACGUCCAUGAGUUCGGUGACAACACCAAUGGGUGCACCAGUGCUGGCCCCCACUUCAACCCAGAGCAGAAGAAACAUGGGGCCCCCAGUGAUGCCGAGAGGCACGUGGGAGACCUGGGCAAUGUGACUGCCAAAGGAGGCGUGGCCGAGGUGGAGAUCCAGGAUUCCGUCAUUUCCCUCUCUGGACCACACUGCAUCAUUGGCCGCACCAUGGUGGUGCAUGAGAAGCGGGAUGACCUGGGCAGAGGGGGAGAUAACGAGAGCACAGUGACUGGAAACGCAGGCCCCCGCCUGGCCUGCGGAGUGAUUGGCAUUGCCAAGAGCUAAGUGUGGCACCUGCAGUGCUCUUCCAUUGCUGCUCUUGUCCUUCCUUGUGCAAGCUCAAGAUUUGUCAUUAAUCUCCUGCUCCUCUGCAUCCCGCACAGCACUCACGCUGGAGACUGACUGAGUUUUGUAUGAUGUACAUUGAAUUAAAGUGCCCCUGAUGGAACGGC